GUUUACUUGAUACCAUGGAGGAAGAGGAAGAGGAGGGAGUCUCCAGCAUGCCUGAGUCUGAUGAAGAUGAGAGUGAUGAGAUGAUGUUGAUGUUGAUGAGCUUCAACAGGAUGCAGAGAGAAGCAGAAGCAAGCUUGAGCAGGACUAAGCAGCAAACAGCAGAUUCUCCUGCACCGUCCUGCGUGUCCAUGAAAAGUGACAUGUCCAUGGAGUUCCCUGUGGUUUUCAAACAACAAGAUCCAUUUUCUAAGACUAAGCAGCAAACAGCAGAUUCUCCUGCACCGUCCUGUGUGUCCAUGAAGAGUGACAUGUCCAUGGAGUUCCCUGUGGUUUUCAAACGGAAACAUUCACUUUCUAAGACUAAGCAGCAAACAGCAGAUUCUCCUGCACCGUCCUGCGUGUCCAUGAAAAGUGACAUGUCCAUGGAGUUCCCUGUGGUUUUCAAACAACAAGAUCCAUUUUCUGAGACUAAGCAGCAAACAGCAGAUUCUCCUGCACCGUCCUGUGUGUCCAUGAAGAGUGACAUGUCCAUGGAGUUCCCUGUGGUUUUCAAACAACAAGAUCCAUUUUCUAAAAUUCAACAGGAGACGUCAGAGGUUGGACGUCAAACAGAGCAGGACUCCAUAUUUCUGCUUCUUGAGGAGAACAUUGUUGCUUUUGUGAAGAACGAGCUUAAGAAGGUUCAGAGGGGUCUGAGCCUAGAUUACCCAGAAUGCUUAGAGAGCCAAUGUGAGGACGAGGAAAUGGUUGGUGGGGAAGAGGAAGAGCAGAUGAGCAGCAGAGAAGCAUUUCUGAAGAUCACACUGCACUUCCUGAGGAGAAUGAAGCAGGAGGAGCUGGCGGACUCUAUCAAGAACAAAUUUCUUGCUGCAGCGUGUCGACGUAAACUCAAAUCUAAUCUGAGGAAGAAUUUACAGUGUGUGUUUGAGGGGAUUACGAAAGCAGGAAACCCAACUCUUCUGAAUCAGAUCUACACAGAGCUCCACAUCACAGUGGGAGGGACUGGAGAGGUUAAUGAUGAACAUGAGGUCAGACAGAUUGAAACAGCAUCCAGGAGACCAGACAGACCAGAAACAACAAUCAGAUGUGAAGACAUCUUUAAAGCCUCACCUGGAAGAGAUGAACCAAUCAGAACAGUGAUGACAAAGGGAGUGGCUGGCAUCGGGAAAACAGUCUUAACACAGAAGUUCACUCUGGACUGGGCUGAAGACAAAGCCAACCAGGACAUAAAGUUCACAUUUCCCUUCACUUUCAGAGAGCUGAAUGUGCUGAAAGAGAAACAGUUCAGUUUGGUGGAGCUUGUUCAUCACUUCUUUACUGAAACCAAAGCGCAGCAAUCUUCAGGUGUGAACAGUUCCCGGUUCUGUUCAUCUUGGACUGGUCUGGAUGAGUGUCGACUUCCUCUGGACUUCCACAACAACAAGAUCCUGACUGAUGUUACAGAGUCCACCUCAGUGGAUGUGCUGCUGACAAACCUCAUCAGGGGGAAACUGCUUCCCUCUGCUCGCCUCUGGAUAACCACACGACCUGCAGCAGCCAAUCAGAUCCCUCCUGAGUGUGUGGACAUGGUGACAGAGGUCAGAGGGUUCACUGACCCACAGAAGGAGCAGUACUUCAGGAAGAGAUUCAGAGAUGAGAAGCAGGCCGGCACAAUCCUCUCCCACAUCAAGACAUCACAAAGCCUCCACAUCAUGUGCCACAUCCCACUCUUCUGCUGGAUCACCGCUACAGUUCUGGAGGAUGUGAUGAAAACCAGAGAGGGAGGAGAGCUGCCCAAGACCCUGACUGAGCUGUACAUCCACUUCCUGGUGGUUCAGUCCAAAGUGAAAAACGUGAAGUAUGAUGGAGGAGCUGAGACAGAUCCACACUGGAGUCCAGAGAGCAGGAAAAUGAUCGAGUCUCUGGGAAAACUGGCUUUUGAGCAGCUGCAGAAAGGCAACCUGAUCUUCUAUGAAUCAGACCUGACAGAGUGUGGCAUCGAUAUCAGAGCAGCCUCAGUGUACUCAGGAGUGUUCACACAGGUCUUUAGAGAGGAGAGAGGACUGUACCAGGACAAGGUGUUCUGCUUCGUCCAUCUGAGCUUUCAGGAGUUUCUGGCUGCUCUUCAUGUCCAUCUGACGUUCUUCACCUCUGGUGUCAACCUGCUGUCAGAAGAACAAUCAACCUCCAUGUGGUCUAAAUUGUUCACAGUCACACCUACACGCCUCUAUCAGAGUGCUGUGGACAAGGCCUUACAGAGUCCAAAUGGACACCUGGACUUGUUCCUCCGCUUCCUCAUGGGUCUUUUACUACCAACCAAUCAGACUCUGCUACGAGGCCUGGUGCCACAGACAAAAAUCAGCUCACAGACCAAACUGGAAACAGUCCAGUACAUCAAACAUCAGAUCAGUGAGAAUCUCUGUGCAGAGAGAAGCAUCAAUCUGUUUCACUGUCUGAAUGAACUGAAGGAUUGUUCUCAAAUACUGGAGAUCCAACAGUACAUGUCUUCAGGAAGUUUCACCACAGAUAAACUCUCUCCGGGUCAGUGGUCCGCUCUGGUCUUCAUCUUACUGUCUACACAAAAAGAUCUGGAGGUGUUUGACCUGAAGAAAUACUCAGAUUCAGAGGAGGCUCUUCUGAGGCUGCUGCCAGUGGUGAAAGCCUCCACCAAAGCUGUCCUGAGUGGCUGUAAUCUGUCAGAGAAAAGCUGUGAAGCUCUGUCUUCAGUGCUGAGCUCCCAGUCCUCCAGCCUGAGAGAGCUGGACCUGAGCAACAACGACUUGCAGGAUUCAGGAGUGCAGCUGCUCUGUGUCGGACUGAAGAGUCCACAUUGUAGACUGGAAACUCUCAGGCUCUCAGGCUGUCUGAUUACAAAGACAGGCGGUGCUUCUCUGGCCCAUGCUCUGAGAUCUAACCACACCCACCUGAGAGAGCUGGACCUGAGCUACAAUAAUCUAGGAGACUCGGCAGCGAAGCUGCUUUCUGCUGGACUGCAGGAUCCAAGCUGGACACUGGGGACUCUCAGGAUGGACCAUGAUGGACACCAGUCAAUACAAUCUGGUCUGAAGAAGUACUCCCGUACACUCAUACUGGACCCAAAGACAGCACACAGAAAGCUCCAGCUGUCUGACAACAACAGGAAGGUGACGCUGAGGAAAGAGACGCAGCCAUAUCCUGAUGAUCCAGAGAGAUUUGACUACUGGAAACAGCUGCUGUGUACAGCUGGUCUGGAUGGUCGCUCCUACUGGGAGGUCCAAUGGGAAGGUCAUGUUUAUAUAGGAGUGGCUUACGGAGGAAUGAAAAGGAGAGGAACCAAUGACGACUGCUGUCUUGGAAGGAAUGAUCAGUCCUGGAGUCUGAGCUGCUUCUCUGAUGGUUACUCUAGCCUGCACAGUAAGAUCAAAGCAUCCAUCCCUAUCCCCCCCUCAAACACACUGGGAGUGUACCUGGACUGGCCUGCUGGCACUCUGUCCUUCUACAGAAUCUCCUCUGAAAGAGCGACCCACAUCUACACCUUCCACACCACGUUCACCGAGCCAGUCUACCCGGCCUUCAGGAUGAGGAUGGACCCACUAAACUCGUCAGUGUCUUUGUGUUAGAUAAAAGCAAAGGCCCCCUCCCAAUGUCCACACUCACAGACUCACGGACUUUGAGGCGUGUUUCCGCUAAAAUCCGUGAGGGAUUAGGACUGUCCCACCUUCAAAUUAUGAAGUGCUCGAGGCUCUCUUGCAGAAAUGUUGAAAACUAUUAUGCAGAUUUUUCAACAUUUCUGCAGACCAGAGGGAAUUAUUAUCAUAUAAUUAUUAUUAUAUAUUACAUUUACAACGAAACAUUAAGGAUUUCUUAAAAGAAACAUGAAAUCAGAGGAAUGCAAGCAUCGGCUAUAUUACAUUAUAUAUAUAUAUAUAUAGUAUAUAGUUCAUGAAUUAAAAUGUCUUGAUUUUGCUUAAUGAUGCUGUUUUGACAAAUACAUUGAUUAUUGGACAUUUAUCUGUCAUCCACUCUUGUAAUAAGUGAUGUUAUAAAAUACAUGUUAUACAUUACAAAUAUAUAUAAAUAUAUAUAUAUAUAUAUAUAUAAAUAUAUAUAUAUAUAUAUAUCGUAUCCACACAUCUACUUAUUUUCAUCGUGACACUUUCCAUAACAAAGGCUUUGUAUUCAAUUUAAGGCCAUGUGGCCUGCAGUAAACUUACUUAUUGUUAAAGGAUGCAAUAAUAAUGAGUAUUAAAUAUGUGUUGGAAUUAGGGCGGUCACAUAUUAUUCACAUAAUUACGUGGUUUCUUUCUCUUUGGUUUGUAUUUGCUGUGACUCACAUAGUGCUCGUGUUUCUUUGUCUAUCAAUGCAUUGUUCUAAUAAGAGCUCUUAGUAGAAGUGGAUGCAGAUUUAACAAGCUUGAGGUUUUAUGGGACGUUUUCUGUGAAUGAUAUAGUAGUGUGUAUAUAUAACUGAACUCACACACACACUGUAUGUAGAUGUAAAGUUUCCUUUUGUCUGUAUUCUGACAUUUAACUCGAUGAAUGCUUGUAAUGAGAAGUCUUAAUACAAUAGACCAGAGGUUAGACCAGAGGUUUUCAAAGUCUGAGAUUGUUGUCCCAAAACAGAUCCUGUGUGCCGCCUGUGGGAUCAUGAUUAUGGUAUUUGAUCCAGUAGACGGGGGGGUCAAACAUGCGGCCAGCGGCCCGUCAGGUGUUGUGCUGCAUGUGGCCCCUGAACUAAAAUGAGUUUGACACCCCUGCCGUAGACACUCAACCAUUGAGCCUAAUAUUGAUGUUUGACAUCUUAAGACUGAUCAUUUAUUAUUCAGUAAAGAAAAGACUUUAUCUCUGAACUAUUUCAACACGUUAAGUAUUCUAUAAUCUUUUGUGUUCUCCCACUUUGAAAACAUCUGCAAUUUUAUCAGAUUUCUUUGCCAAAGAAAAAUAAAAAGCAGAAUACGUAAA